AUAUAUCAAACAAGAGAUAAAUAUGCAUACCGUUUAAAUACUAUGCCUGAAUAUUAUUAUGAGAAAGUAUAUGGACAAAUUGAAUAUUAUUUUUUACAUAAUUUUGAAGAUAAAGAAUAUAUGUUAGCAUAUAUUAAAGUAUGUAGUAAUGUAAUUACAAAUGAUCAAUUAGAUUUCAAAUAUUUUACAAGAUUUAAAUUUCAUGAAUUUAUAGAUGUUCAAAUAAUUGAUCAUUGUGUAGGUUUUUUUCAUUUAGGAAGUCAAUAUUUUAUUAUAGAUAGAGAAAAUGAAGUAGAUGAUA